AACCUGGCCACUAGUUCUAAGUUGUAUGCUACCAGUCAAGCUCUAGUCUGACAGUGGCACUGACAUCCAGCAUGCAACCUUCUAAAGCUUUGUCACUCACCUGUUUCUAAAAUUGUUUCCUCUCCAACAGUAAUUGCUUCUAUUUUUACUAGAUUUUCAGGGCUUAGUUGAAGAAAUGUGUAGAUUGGUAAACAGAGAGAUCGACUUGGAAAAAGAAAAAGUCUUUCGUUAAUUGAAAAAAUUACCUGCAAAUCAUAAGAAAAGUUUUUUCUGCAAAUGGAUCUUUGAAUCGAAGAAAAUGUUACCAGCAAAUUCUAAAGGAAGAAGCCCUUGUGAAGUUUAUAAUUAGUAAUGAGCAUGCGGCAGAGUCAAUAUAAAUACACAGCUGCAAUGCUUGCGACGGAAUAUUGACAAUUUGUAUUGCUCCCUGAAACUCUCAAAUCAUUCCAGAGUUCUGAAACAUUCCAGUUGUGUAUUCAUUGAACAGGAAUCGGUCUUUUAACAGUUCCUUAUGCACUUGCAAGUGGGGGUUGGUUGAGUUUAUUUUUCUUUUUCUUGAUUGGUAUCAUGACCUUUAAUACUGGCAUUCUCCUGAAGAAGUGCAUGGAUGCUAAUCCUUCUAUCAAAAGUUACCUUGACAUUGCUGAGCAUGCAUUUGGAAAAAAAGGAAGACUUCUAGUCAUGAUUAUCAUGAAUUCGGAGCUGUACCUCGUAGCCAUAGGGCUUCUGAUACUAGAAGGGGACAAUUUACACAAAUUAUUUCCAAACUUCAUGGUCAAGCUUGGAACAAUUUUAGUCGGUGGAAGGCAGUCAUUUGUUGUAAUAACAGGUCUAGUUAUAUUGCCCUCAAUGCUGCUAACUGACUUGAGCAUACUAUCCUAUGUAUCUGCAACUGGGGUAUUUUCUUGCCUUCUCAUUUUUGGAUCAACUUUGUGUGUUGGAGCAACUGGUGGUGUGGGGUUUAAUGCAAGAGGAAAAUUGUUGAACAUGAAUGGGAUUCCUACUGCAGUUAGUUUGUAUAUAGUUUGCUUUGCUGGCCAUCCAGUCAUCCCAUCUAUAUACACUUCAAUGACAGACAGACAUCAGUUCAGUAAGGUGCUGCUGUUUAGUUUCGUCCUUACAACAAUUACCUAUGCCUCAACUGCCAUGGUUGGAUACCUCAUGUACGGAGAUGGUGUGAAAUCGCAGAUUACACUGAAUUUACCAACAAGAGAAGUUGCUGCAAAAGUUGCAAUAUACACCACUUUACUCAUCCCAGUUACCAGAUAUGCUUUGAUGGUAACCCCUGUUGCAACAGCUAUUGAAGGUGGGCUAUCAGAAAAUCUCAAGAAUUGGAGAGCAGUGAAGUUGUUUAUUAGGAUAGCAUUGCUGGUUAGCACAACUAUUGUGGCCUUUGUAUUUCCAUAUUUUGAGAAUCUGAUGGCCAUUGUGGGAUCAAUAUUUGUGGUUUUAGCUUCAUUCGUUUUACCCUGCUUGUGCUACUUAAAAGCUUCUGGUUCCUAUCAGAGUUGGAGCUGCAAGCUUAUAGGCAUUGUUGGAAUUAUUGUAUUUGGAACCAUUGCCGGAGUUUUAGGAACUUAUUCCUCCAUAUCAGAACUUGUUCAUGAUAUGUAGAUAAUCUACAUCAUAUUUUUCAUUGUUAGUUUCUUUGUCACAUGCGUGCUCAUGAUGUAUAAUCUUAUUAUUUAUG